AUGGCUUCCACUGAACCCGAAAAAACACCAUCAUCACAAGAUGUAUCGUCUCAAUUUUUAUCCCAGCCGCAUUAUAGAGGAAAAGUUGAUCCAAGUUGGUCUCAUUGUAAGCAGGUUAUGGAGCAAGGGAAAACUGUGAAUAUGUGUCUUCAUUGUAAUAAGAUUAUUAGGGGAGGUGGGAUAAAUCGGUUAAAGUUUCAUUUGGCUGGAGAAAAAGGGCAUGUUGAAGCAUGUAAGAAAGUUCAAGCUGAGAUUCGUGCUCAAAUGAAGCAAAAUAUUGAUGAAAACAAGAAAAAGAAAAGAAAAGUUCAAGAGCAAGAUCACGAAGGUGGUGAACAUGUUGAUGACUUGAGAAUAACAAAUGAUCAAGUGCAACAAAUUGCAAAUUUAUCAAGGAAAUCACCUCUUAUUUCUGAAAAGGGGAAGAGUAUCAAUUCCUCAGGUUCUUAUUUUAUCCCAGGAACAACUCCUGGAGCUCAACCGACAUUAAAAAGUGUGUUACAAAGCAAAGAAGUGAUUCGGAAAGCUCACCUUGCUAUAUCAAAAUGGAUGGUUCAUGCGCGUCUCCCAUUUAAUGCAGCCAACUCACCUUAUUUUCAAGAAAUGUUUGAUGCUGUAUGUAGCUUAGGUGCAGGAUUUAAAGCUCCAUCAUAUCACAUGCUACGUGGUGAUUUGCUAAAUAGCCAAGUUGAUGAGGUCAAGAAACUUCUUGAGAGCUAUAGAGCUGUUUGGAAGCAUACUGGAUGCACUAUUAUGGCAGAUGGAUGGACUGAUCGUUGUAGGCGCACUCUUAUUAAUUUUCUGGUUUAUUGCCCAAAAGGAACAUUUUUUGUGAAAUCUGUUGAUGCUUCUCAUGCAUCUAAAACUGCAGAAUUAUUAUACCAGCUUUUUAAAGAAAUAAUUUUGUUUGUUGGGCCAAACAAUGUUGUUCAAAUUGUGACUGAUAAUGCUGCUAACUAUGUUGCUGCUGGGAGGUUAUUAGAGGCUGAGUUUCCUAAGAUAUUUUGGUCUCCGUGUGCUGCUCAUUGUGUUAAUCUAAUGUUCCAAGAUAUUGGCAAGUUAGAUGAUGUAAUUGAAGCUGUGGAACAUGCUGCAAAAAUCACCAAGUAUGUUUAUAACCAUUGUCAUCCGUUGUAUUUGAUGAGAAAAUUUACAGGUGGGAAAGAAAUACUUCGUCCAGCUCCAACCCGUUUUGCCACAAAUUUCAUUGCUUUGCAAAGUAUAUUGGCUCAAAAAGAUGCACUAAGAGAAAUGGUAACAUCAAGAGAUUGGACAAGUUCAACUUAUUCCAAGGAUGUGAAGGCAAAAAAAUUUGUGGAGCAAGUGUUAGACUCUAAAUUUUGGAAACAAUGUGCUGAUAUUGUAAAACUUAUUGAGCCACUUGUACGUGUAUUACGUAUUGUUGAUAGUGAAGAUAAGCCUGCCAUGGGUUUUCUUUAUCAGGCCAUAAUUAAAGCUAGAGAGGAGAUGGUGAGGAGAUUUCAAAGAAAUAAGAAGAAGGUGGAGCCAUAUUUGAAAAUCUUAGAUACUCGUUGGGAUUCACAGCUUCGUAAAAAUUUGCAUGCUGCAGGUUAUUGGUUAAAUCCAGGAUGUCAUUUUAAUAUAGAUGAAUUUGAAAAAUAUGAGUUCACAACAUCUGGCCUUUUGGAUGUCAUUGAGAGGUAUUCUUUUGGGAAUUCUGAGUUGCAAGCUAAAUUGACAAAUGAGAUGAGGAUAUUCAAAGCUGCUGAAGGUGAUUUUGGAAGGCAAUCAGCUUUACGUGAACGAAAUACAGUGAUGCCAGAUAAAUGGUGGGAAUGUUAUGGCUUUGGUGCACCAAACUUGAGAAAAUUAGCAAUUCGUAUCCUAAGCCAAACUUGUAGUGCCUCGGGCUGUGAGCGAAAUUGGAGUAUAUUUGAGCAUAUUCAUUCAAAAAAGAGAAAUAGGUUGCACCACAAAAAGCUUAAUGAUCUUGUCUAUUUAAUAUUUGCUAUUAACUUACAUGAAAAUUUACUUGUCAUAAAUCAAUUAAAUUUGGAUGAGGAUGAAGAUAAUGAUGCAGAUUCACACAACGUGGAAGUUAUAGCCCAAAAUGAAAGCAAUAUUGGUCAAGGUUUAGAUGAGUUUGGUGGGCCUAAAUUCAUUGAUGCAACUUUGGAACCAUGGGCAUAG